GUGUACACAUCUACUUCUCCAGACAAAGACUCACCCAUACAAAAGAAAUUAUUUCUUCUUCAUCCGACUUAUUUAUUCCUCAUUGCCCUGAAGAUUCCAAGCCUAAAGUGGGAAUGGUUUUCAAAUCAUUGGAGGACGGAUUCAAUUUUUACAAGCAAUAUGCUUCACUGGCAGGUUUUGAUAUUCGCAAAAGCACUAAUUUGAAGGUUUCAGGUAUUGUUGUUUGGCGGUACGUUGUAUGCAAUUGCGAGGGUCAUAAACAUUUUGCACCCAUUGUUAACAAACCCACUCCCGAUGAUGGCGUGCCAAAGGCAAAACAGAGGAGGCGCAUUUCGAAUCGUGUAGAUUGCAAGGCGCGUGUGGCGUUUCGGCUCGUAGGUGGUGUAGGAUACACCAUAUCGUCAUUCAUAGAAACGCAUAACCAUCCAAUGUUGUCCCUUCCAUCUAGGCCCAUUUUGAAAAUCAACAGAAACUUAGAAAUUGGCCACAAGAAGUUUAUGUUGAACUGUGCAAAGGCGAACAUUGGCGCAAUGAAGUCAUAUCGAUUGUUUAAGGAAUCAGUUGGUGGCUACAACAAUGUGGGUGCCACUGCCGUUGACUUUAAAAAUUUCAAACGGGACUUGAAGGCAUACAUUGCAGGUGCUUAUGCUCAAAUGCUCAUUGACAAACUAUUCAGAAAGAAACAAACAUGUUCUGCAUUCCACUUUGAUUAUGAUGUUGAUGGGAGUGACCAGCUAACUAGGGUAUUCUGGUGCGAUCCUAUCGCUAGGAAGAAGUACGUAAUGUUUGGAGAUGUCGUUUCGUUUGACGCAACCUUCAACACAAAUAGGUACAAAAUGGUUUUUACGCCAUUCACUGGUGUAGACAACCACCGCAGAUCUGUUACCUUUGCAGCUGGUCUGUUGCGCAGAGAAGAUGUUCCUUCAUACAAGUGGUUGUUCAAUCGCUUUCUUGAUGCAAUGGAUCAUGCUCCGCAAUGCAUAAUCACUGACCAAGAUGCUUCAAACGGGACUUGAAGGCAUACAUUGCAGAGAUAAAAGUGCUUCCACCUC